AUGAUGAAUAAUAAAACAUUAAAUCUCUUUGAAAGAUUACCAUUUUUCGUAUUAAAUAAAAUAGUUGGUCAACUAAAAGAAAAUAUCGAUAAAGUAUGUUUUAGUUUGAUUUGUAAACGUUUGUAUAAUGAACGUAAUAGAUAUCUAUACAUACCUCUGGAUAUGUCAGAUGAUAGAUCGAGAUGGAUGAUCAGCAAUCUCAAAUUGAACUCAUACGCGAAUCAAAUAGAGACAUACGAUCAUUUCGAUGAUGAACAUUAUAAGAUCACCAAAUUCCAAUGUUUCGAUAGUAAAGAAAGUUUGUCUACUUUCUACAAGAAAUCAUUGGGUACUGAUUCUUCACCAAGGUUCUCUAAUUGGAUAUUGAAAGAAAAUGAUAAUGUUGACAUAAAGUCUUUGGUUGUGAAUUACAACUUUCAAGGCAAUAUAUGUGAAAUCCCAUGUGUAAAGAGAGUCGAUACGCUUUUAUUUAUAUACCCAUGCGAAACCAUUGAUUAUAGAUUGCCAGACAACAUCAAGCAAAUGGUGAUUCCCUUUCAAGAUCAAGAGCAUUGCUUUGGAGAAAAUGCAUGUCUUCCCAGGCAGUUGGAUUUCCUAGCGAUUAAAUGCAAUCAAAAGAUUCAAAAGCACUUCUUGCCAAGUUCACUCUCGAAUUUGAAUUUGUUUUCACAUGAUUUCAACCAUCCAAUCGACAGAGAUGUACUUCCUGACGGAUUGAAACAUCUAACUUUGAUAGCAGGCCAUUACGCUCACCCAAUACUCAAAGGAGUACUACCGACCAGUCUGAAAAGCUUGACUCUUUCAUCGUACAGUGGUAAUCUGGUGUUCUAUGAUCCAUUAACAUUGAAUCAUCAUGAUGAUAACAAUAACAAUAAUAAUAACAACAACAACUACGACAACAACAACGAUAACCACAACAAUACCUACAUUCCCAAUACUCUUGAAAAGCUAAUGAUUGGAACACCGCCAGCUUUGAUGGACACGAAAUUCAAUGAAAUAUUAUCAAGCAAUUUGAAAACUAUUGGUUUCUUAACGAAUUUCUCACAGUUUAUCGAUAACAAUAUGAUACCACCGUCGGUCACCAAGUUGCAUUUGAGUUCCUAUCCACAGGCUGGACAGCCAUUGGUUAUACCGAGUGGAAUCCGACAUCUCAAGAUAUCAGUGCUGCAAUCGAUGAUUCCCAGAGAUUCAAUACCAGACUCGUUGGAGAAACUAUCGAUUCUACGUCUCAAUCAUCAAAAUAGCGGUGGUUCUCUCUUUCAAUCGGUGCUAACACCGACUUUUAAAUCAGAGAAUAGCACGAUCGUUACACCAUUCGAAUGCAUUACACCAUCGAUCAGGAGUAUCAAGCUACCGCUGUUGUACUGUCUGCAUUCCGAUUUGAAUGAUAUACCGAGCAACAUUCAGAAUAUAACAUUUGUAGAUUUCGCAAUGGAGAAAAUCUGUCUAAGACGAUUGGAUGACCAACAAAAGUUCUUGGUAAUGACACCAAUGAAUCAAGGUGGAAUCAUUCUAUCAAUUUCGAAAAUCAUUGAAAUGCUAUCGAAUCGAUAUCAAAUUGAAAGAAAUCAAAAAAAUAUUUGGAAUAUUGAGUAUUUAGAGAAGAAUAAUAUAGAAUAA